AUGGAGUCUAAUACACAAUCAUCAUCGGGUGGAGGCAUUAACAGGAUGAAAUAUCAUUUAGCUGGAAUUCGUGGCAACAUUGCGGCUUGUAAAAAGUCUCCUUAUUUUCAGUCGGCUUUGGAUGCUAUUUCUAUGAUUGGUAGAGGAUAUAAGGGCCCAUCCUACAAUGAUAUGAGAAUUCAUUUGUUGGCAAAUUGCAAGAAAGAAUGUCAACUUCUUAUUGAUGGUUAUAGAAGCAAUUGGGUUAACUCUGGAUGCACAAUUAUGGGUGAUGAUAUUGUCAAGGAUGCCACAAACUUGUGUAAUUUGUUUGCAGAAAUAGUUGAAUGGAUUGGGCCUUCUAAUGUGGUACAUUUAGUUACUGAUAAUGCAAGUAACUAUAUGAAAGCUGGAAAAUUAUUGCAAGAGAGAUAUGAACACAUCUAUUGGUCUCCUUGUGCAGCCCAUUGCCUAAAUUUGUUGUUGAAAGAUAUUGGCAAAAUGCCUCAUGUGGUAGAGCUUGCAAACCGUGCUUCAAAAGUGACUAUUUUUGUUUAUAACCAUAUUUUCUUGCUAUCUUGGUUGAGAAAAAUAGAUGGUUGGAAAGAAAUUGUGCGGCCAAGGGUAACUCGCUUUGCCACCGUCGUUAUUACUUUAAAGAGCAUUCAUGAUCAUAAGCAUGAAUUGCAAGCUUUGGUGAUAAGUAAGCAUUACAGAGAUAACAAAUUGUCUAAAAGUGCCACUAGAAAAGCUGUCAAUGAUAUUAUUUUAGAUAAUAAAUUUCGGGAUGAUUGUUUGCUUAUGGUGAAGAUUGCAACACCUAUAAUCAAGCUUUUGUGUAUUGUGGAUGGCGACGAAACUCCUUCACUUGGUUAUGUUUAUGAAGGCAUGACUAGAAUUCGUAAAGGAAUCAUGGCUACUUUGGGAAACAAGAAGAAGUUUUACACACCAUAUAUUAAUAUCAUUGAUAAUUUCAGGUAUGGCGAUGAACCAUUUAUUGAUACUCCAGAAAUUGUCCAUGGUCUCUUGAAUGUGAUUGAAAAGACAAGCAUGUGUAAAGAGCCUAGUGAUAGUGGCAAAGUAAUGGAUGAGAUCUCUAUGUAUCGUGAACGAAAAGAAAGUUUCGGCCACCGGCAUCAUCAUAAGAAAAGGUGUUAUGAUCCAAUUGAUUAUGAGCACAUUGAUGAGGUGGAUUUUUGGGUGAUGGAAAAAGAGGAAUCAUCUCCUCCCAAACUUGAUUAUGAUGAAAUUACAGAAGAAGCAAUAUAUGUGAAUGAUUCUAUUCCUAUACUUGAUUAUGAUUAUAUUCAAGAUGACAUUGUUGAUCAAGAAGUGAAUUUAGAGUCAUUUGUUGAAGUCGGUAAUGCAAGCAAUGAUUCACAAGAUUGGCCGUUAGGAGGGGCUCCUAACAAUGACAAUCGUGGCAUGGAUCCAAGUCUAUAA